CUCUCAUCACCUGGAGAUCUCGCACUACUCUCUUCUGUCUUCGACAAUAGUCUUCUGUCUCUGACAGUCAAUCUGUUGAAAGGAUGCGGUGUGUGAUGAUCUUUCUGGUGUUGACGCUGGUCGUCCUCAUGGCUGAACCCAAGAAUAUUUUUAAAAAAUUCGGAAAGGCAAUGAAAGGAAAAGGCCAGUAUUCCAAAACACUUGGAAAGGCAUUCGCUGGAGCCAUUGGUCAAGCCAUUGGUCAAGCCAUUGGUCAAGGCUACGGUCAAGGCUACGGUCAAGGCUAUGGUCAAAUCAAUGGUCAAGGCUAUGGGCAAGGUUACGGUCAAGUCAAUGGUCAAGCAGCAGAUUUUCAUGGAUGAAAGUUCAUGGAGAUGUUCUACUUGGCCUGGCACAAGAAUAAAUGCAACUUCAAUGCAACGCUUUGCAAUGAAAAAAUAAAUGGAUCAACAAACAAACGAGUUGUGUCACAUUUCUGUAAUCAUGUAAAGAUCAUUUAGGGAGUGUUGUCACAGCUUCCAGUGGUUUUAAAAAUGUGAAAUGGCUUGCUAUU